AUGAAGCCCCUCAUCGCCGCGUCGACAGCAGCAGCGCUUGCUGCAUUAGGCAUAUAUCACCUCGUUAACAUCUACAACGCCACAUGCAAUGCGCCAAUCCAUCAAAUCAUUAGCAGCUACAGCAUUCCUGACUCCUUCGCAGAAUCUAAAUGGGUCAAGAUCGCGAAUCCGGACGAUCACGUGACUAUCAACGACACACGACACAUCACUAUACGCGUUUCAAAGACCAUCUCAGAUGAGGAGAUUCUGGCGCGCUUCGUCAAAGGUUUCUUCGGAGGUCAUGUGUUGGCCAUAGAGCGCGGUCUCUUGAAAGCGAAGAACAAGGAGCUGACAGACUUGCAAGGUAUGCGAAGCUCUUGGAUCAUCAUGCAACCCCAGUUAUUGACAUGCGCAAGCCCUGAGUACCACUCCCGUCUCAUCAAAGAUCUGGUCGAAGGCACAGUUAUCAACCCAUAAGCUUCCACCGCUUCACGCCCUCAUCUUUGGUGUAUGGCGACUGGUCGAAUCCCAAGUCGAAGCUGGUCCGCCUUCGCAGCCGCAUCUAGGGCCGAGUAGCCAUGUCGAUUUUGUAUUUGGUUGGAAUGAUGGCUUCAUUGCUGGCAUCCAUAGAUUCUCGGUCAUCAGAGCAGAUAACGAGGCCAAACCCGAUACGAAUCAUGAUAGCACAACGAACGUAACGAUCGAGUACGCACAUACAAGUUGCAACCCGAAAGAGAACAAGCCGCUGAAGCCAGACGCGCUUAUGACAUUGCAUAUGUGGUAUGCGUUGUUGCUGUUCAGAGAAGGAGUAGGAGAAGUACUGAAGGCGCAGUAGCUGUAAGAUUCUAUACCAACUCUCUAUCGUUAUUCGCUCGAUGUAAGCAUCCUGAGCAUUCGGACAACAUAUAGAAUAGUAGACGUCAACUACAA